UGGAAAAACGCCCGAACGAACCAAAAGUCAUGGACCAAAAACCUGAGCCAACUCCAACCAGCCAGUAUCCGGCUCCGGAUGCUCAGCCAGCAAGCAUUCCGCAGCCGCCGAUGCAACCUCAGCAGUAUGCACAAGCGCCGACCCAGCCGUACACUCAAGCUCCGCCGCAACCGUACACUCAAGCGCCGCCGUAUGUCGGACCGCCUUCCUACCCCUCAUCGCCGGUGGUGCAACAGCAGGGACAGUAUUACCCGCAGUACCAACAGCCGCACCAGUACCCGACUCACACUGCGCUCAGGCCCUACACCAACACGGGCGACGGGCUUCAGUUGCUGCUGUGGGAUCACGCUCAACUGCGUGCGUUCGCCGACCAGUACCACGCCGCGUCCAGCCAAGGCGAGCGCAAUACUGCACUCACUGACUUUAUGCGACACCUGACCAUUCACGAAAGUGCCGAGGAGCAGUACCUGUACCCGCUCAUUCGUACGAAAAUCCCGGGCGCUGAAAUUCUGCUCGACCGUACCGUGCUCGAAGACAGUCUGUGCAAGCAGCUGCUCGAGUUCCUCGAAGCACACAUCUCGAACAUGUACAUUUCGAGUGCGCAGUAUACCGACGCAUCCGACAAGAACAAGCCUGGAGCGCUGCAGCCGCAUGAGCGGGAGCGCAUCUUCAACGAGAGCGCCGAGAAGCUCUUGACGCUCACCCUCGAGCAUCUCCGGUCGGAAGAAGACCGAGUGAUUCGUCCGCUCGAACAAUUGCUCAAGCCGCAGGAGAGAUCGACGCUUGAAACCAACCUGCUCUGGGCCAAGAAGCUCGCUCCGACGCAUACCCAUUCAUGGACUGCCGCGUCGAAAGGCCACUCGCGGGCCGCCCGGGUUCUCAACCCUGUUGCAGGCGUUGUGGAUCGCGUCUCGGACGCACUCAACAUUGGCACGCGAGGAACAUGAAGAUAUCAAAGUACUGUAUGCACGAUGCAUGCGCGCUGCAUAGACGAUCAACUACAAAACAGAAAAAACAAAAAUCAACACAAACCGAAAAACAGUGUGUCGAAAGUCGCAAGGAACGAUACAUGCAGUGUUGAGGAUUUUGGUUGUAUUUUUAAAACAUGAAACAAGAA